AUGAGCGACUCCGCCUCCGCCUAUGAGCCCGACGACGACCCCGAGUCUGAGUCCGACUUUCAACCCGAACCUGAAUCCGAUUUCGAGCAAACCCGCUCUUCCAGAGAACCCUCUCCAACUCCGAAUGAAGAUUUGAACGAAUAUGAUUACCAUCGCGACCCAUCAUUCGAUGGGGUCGGAAGACAAAUCGGCGAAGCGCUUAUGGAACGCGCCCCGCAAAUGCGUGGAUCGCUCACAUUUCUCCGAGCCUACUCCCAUCUUAUCGUGCAAAACGAGGAGAUUAUUGAGUAUGCCUCGCUGAGAGAACUUGAAAACCCAUACAAAGUCAGUCAACAUGGCUCCAUGGUCUGGACGCCCACGGAGAAAGAAGUGUUCUUCAAUGCACUGGACCGGAAGGGCAAGAGCGGCAUCAAAGAGAUUGCUGCUGCAGUCGGUACCAAGUCGGAACUUGAAGUUAUGGAAUAUAUCCGAUUUUUGCAUAAGGCAUUGGCGGCCCAGUAUGCUUCCGACAUGCACCUGGAGCGCAUGCCUGUCUUGAGCGAUGUCGCAGCGGCCACAGAGGUCAGCCAGGAGUGCUGCGGAUUACUCGAGGAAUACGCGGAUGUCCUAUCAUUGAAAGAGUCCCUCAUUGAAGCUCGAGCCGGUACACAGCAACACGGAGACAAUUGGAUUCUCACUCAAGCUAGUGCACAGGCUCUGGCUGACGGGGAUAAUGAGGGUGUUCGAGGUGCCCUCCGUCUCGCAGCUGAUUUCCUGAACAUUCCAUAUUGCAUCCGACUUUCUUAUGUUUUAUUCAUGAACCUUGGUGGCACACAAGCUGAGAACAACUGGUGGAACCUUGCCAAGAGGAAAGACCUAAUCACAGCGUAUGGACAGACACCGUCUAUGACGGCAGAUACCGCCGUGGAGUUCUAUUCUCUCGCUGUUAGUGUCACGCGCCGCUUAGUGCAAUCAUCCCUCUUCUUUGCAAUGUCAAGAUUGCGCAGCUCGAACCGCAGUGGGAAUGACAGAAAAGGAUAUGUGCGAACGCAAGAUGUACGGGCCGCCAUUGAAGUGCUCAACAUGAAGCACAGCAGGCCUAACUUUGUGGACAUUGCUCGUCGCAACGAAACAGUCCUAGAAGACAUUAACAACCGGAAAGGCUGGGUGCCUACAUUAUUCACAUACGAAGAAGCCGAAGAGAUCAUCGACAGACACGAGUGGACCCGAUACCGUAAAGACGGUACCAUGUACAAUGAAAACGAUGAAGAGGACAGCGAGGACGACGCCAUCAUUGACGAUGAGAUCGAAAUGCACAAGGGUAUCGGAACGGAUGAUGACAUCGAAAUGGAGGCCAAUAAUCAACAGGCAGAACCGGAGCCACUACUGGAGUCAGAGUCAGAACCAGAACCAGAGUCGGAACCAGAGCCGGAGUUUGAACCCGAAUCAGAUCCAGAUUCAGGACCAGAGGACUUUGAUCACCACCCUCUGCCCACACGAGAGCCCCACGGAAUGUCAGCGCCAGUUGUAUUGCCAUACGAACUGGAAAUGGACCCAGAAGAAGAGGAAGCAGACAUCGCAGACCAGAACGCCAGCCACCGUGAAGAGGCCAACUUCCUGACGUUAAUGGACCAGCCCGUGCCGACUGUCCUCAAAGAACCCAUGAAGGCAGAAGAACCCGAGGACGAGACCAAGCAAUUGCCAGAGCGCAGAAUCAGAGAAGAUAUCUCUAAUUGGCGGGAUCGGACUGUCUACCGCAGCGAGUGGGAGGAGUACGGAUAUGAUUUCGCUGAUCUGAAGGAAGACAUGGAAAUGCCUCCGCUAAAAAGGCCUAGAUACAAUGAACCAGCAGUUGUUCUCUCUGCUCCGGUUGUGUCGGGCGAGGACGCAAUAAUUGAUAAUGAGGACGAUGGGAAUGGAUCUCAGCAGGGAGAAAACCCACCAAUGGCCAAAGAAUCCUCGAUGGAAUUUGAAAAGACAAUUUAA